AUGUCUGUGUCGAACGGUGUGCUGUAUAGCGGCCAGGCGCCGCCGGGUAUUACUUCUAAUGCGGACCAACCUUCCGAGUCAUUUGAGAUGCUCAGCAUGAUUCUGUUCUCGGCGUUAAUUGGGCUUAAUGUGUUGUUUGUGCUCUGUCGGAUUGUGUUUAAGUGGCGCACGGGCAUUGCGAAAGAUGAUGUUUUUAUUGUUGCGGCGGCGGUGGUGGGGAAUGCGCAGACGAUUCUUUUACUUACUUUAGUGACGAAAUAUGCACGACAUGGAUGGGAUAUUCCACUGGAAUGGAUUGAUGAGUCUUACCUCAAGGCGAGCAACACCGGAAACUAA